AUGGCAUCGACUGGUGGGGAUAAUCCGGAAGGGAAUCAUGACGUUCUACACGGUGGUGGGGAUGAAGAAAAGCAGCGGAGAGACCAAGUUCCACCUACCACCUCUCGCACUGAAUCAAAAGCCCCACUCACACCAUCUGAGAUGAUGAUAGCUCGGUUGGGGGUACAAUACUCACGUCAGGCGUAUCUAGAGAGAGGGCUUGCACGCCUGAGGAAUACAAGGGUGGAAGAUCUCACGGAGGAGGAGCUCAAUUCGAUGGAAAAGAUAGCAGAUAAGCAUUUUGAACAUUUCAAUACCUAUUAUAACACAUUUCAAAAUGCUCCAACGGAGGAGUUCCUCGAUUCAGAUUAUUACAAGGAGGAUGUUCAUGGACUCACGAUGACUAUUCAUAGUGACAUCAUCACAAUCAUUGGAAGAUUGAGGGGCGAGAUCAAGAGAUCAAGGUCAUCAACAUCAACGGACAACAAUCGAGGAAAUCUAUCGAGAAUCGCUCUACCAACAUUCGAUGGUCGGUAUGAGGCUUGGAAACCAUAUGAGGAUCUAUUUAACUCUAUGGUGAGACUGGUAAAGGGCAUUCCAAGUGUGGAAAAAAUGGUUCGACUCAAUGGAUCACUCAAAGGAGAGCCACUCAACAUGAUCUCCAAUCUCACAGUUACUGACGACAAUUUCGAGAUUGCUUGGAACAAAUUGGUAAAGCACUAUGACAACAGGAGGUUGAUUAUAGCAGCUCACAUCGACAAAAUCUUGGAAUUGAAACCUGUGGUUGACGACCCAGCCAAGGGGUUAAGCAAUCUCAGCAACAUCAUCACGCAAGCACUGGACGCGCUGAGGGCUCUUGACGCUCCAGUUGAUCAUUGGGACUUAAUCGUUGGAAGGAUAGCGAGGCGCUGUAUCGACUUGGAUACCAAGAAAGCUUGGGAAGUUCAUCUCGGUGGAUCAAGGGAUCCUCCAACACUCAGAGAACUUCUCGACUUCAUCGAGGCAAGGGCUCGUGCACUGGAGAAUGUGGCACACGACAAACCAGCUCAAACUUCUAAGGAUUCUUCAUCAAAAUUCAAAGGAAAACAUCAGCAAUUCAAAGUUCAUCAUGCUUCUGCGGCUGGAGGCCAAGCGAAGGCUCCAGCUGAGGUAUCAAAAUCAGGAGUAAAGGAGAGUCGACUCUGUGGAGGUGAUCACUGGCUGGGGUUCAACUGUGAGAGCUUCAGGGCGAAGACUCCAACUGAACGUAGAGAAAUCGUCAUAGCAAAGAACCUUUGCUACAACUCUCUCGGACCUCAUCGAGCUCCAACAUGCACCACCAAAGAAAGAUGCAAAGUUAAGGAUUGCAAUGGGAAUCAUCACACACUGAUCCAUGAGGGGUCACCAGAAUAUCGCAGGGAACUUCAACAACAGACUCAGCUGAGUCAAUCAUCAUCAGGAUCAUCAUUAACAAAUCCAAGGGAAUUGGCAACACCAUCAUCAUCAACUGGACCAGUUGAGCAAUCAGCUGACUCCAAGGUCAUUCAUCAAACAUCAACAUCAGAACAACGGGUAGUGCUAUUGGCAACAGCCAAGGCACUUGCAGCAUCAUCAUUCGGAACCUAUCAUCACGUCAGACUUUUGAUCGAUCAGGGAUCAGAGGUCACCUUCAUCACGGAAAAACUGGUCAACAUCCUUCAACUUCGACGCAAGUCGACAAACAUCAAGAUCUUCGGAAUUGGCGGGCUAGAGUCAGGGUCAACACGUGGAGCAGUCAAGGUCAAUCUUCACUCUCGAUUUAAUCAUCAAAACCAAGUCGAGGUCACUGCUCACAUCCUGACGAAGCUUACAUCAACUCUACCAUCAAUCCAUUGUACUAAGGCGGAAUUAAAUCAUCUUCAAGGGCUUCAACUGGCAGAUAACAAUUUUCUCAAACCUGGGUCAAUUGAUAUCAUCAUCGGUGCAGAUCAUUACGGUCAGAUCAUUGGUAACAACAUCUCCAAAUCAUCUGAUAAUCAGACUGUUGUACAACAGACCAUAUUUGGGUGGAUAAUAUCAGGGACGGUCUGCUGUACAAGUUGCCAACCGAAAACAUCUCUAACUGCAGCACGAGAGUCGUCGAGUGAGCAGCUUCUAGACCUACUCAAACGGUUUUGGGUUCAAGAGGAACCUCCAUCACACGAGAACAUGGAAUUAGGCCCUGAAGAGUUGGAAUGUGAGGAACAUUUCCAACGCACACACACAAGAGAGAGCUCAGGACGCUACGUUGUACGUCUUCCACUCAAAACAUCACCAUCAGCACUGGGUCAGUCAAGAAAACACGCUCUCCAGCUGUUGAAUCGAACAUCUACCAAAUUAUCAUCAAAUCCAUCAUAUGGGAAACUCUACAAGGAUUUCAUCAACGAGUACGAGGCUCUUGGUCACAUAAAAAGAGUCUCAGAAGCAUCAGAACCAUCACCGGUCUUCUAUCUCCCUCAUCACGGUGUUCUGAGGGAAGAUAGCAUCACGACCAAGCUCAGGGUGGUCUUCAACGGGUCGAGCAAGACAUCAUCAGGAGUUUCACUGAAUGAAAUCCUUCAUUCUGGUGGAAAGCUUCAGGUAGAAGGAUCAGACGUUCUCAUAUGGUUGAGAACACAUCGUUGGGUAGUCGGACCAGAUAUCGUCAAGAUGUUUCGUCAAAUCAACGUGAAUGAAGAGGAUUGGGAUCUUCAGAGAAUCUUGUGGAGGGUUGACGACAACAAUCUCAUCACCUAUCAACUUACAACGGAACUUCAUUUGACAUCAUCACCCCCCAGAACAGUGGAAUUUGAGAAUAGCACGGUCAAGGUGUUGGGACUGUUCUGGAAUCCAAUCUCAGAUGUCUUCACCUACAAGGCGAAAGAAAAGUCAAAGGCUACUAUCAACAAAAGGAAUGUUCUCUCAGAGAUCGCACAACUGUACGAUCCUCUGGGACUCAUCGGACCAGUCAUCAUCAGAGCAAAAAUCUUUAUCCAGGAAUUAUGGCUAUUGAAAAUCGGUUGGGAUGACCCAUUGCCAAUGAGUCACAUCAAACGUUGGAACGAAUUCAGAGAAGAAUUCACUCAACUCGGACAGAUUCAGAUUCCAAGAUGGCUUCAAACCUCAUCAACAUCAUCAAGCAUUCAAAUUCAUCGGUUGGCUGAUGCAUCAAAUCUGGCCAUGGGGGCUGCGGUGUAUAUCAGAGUAGAUAAUCACGGUUUGGAACCAUCAAUCAUUUUGGUAUGUGCGAAAACCAAGGUCGCACCACUGAAGAAGAUCACCAUCUCACGGUUGGAACUGCUAGCGGCAGUAUUAUUAUCAAAUCUGGUUACUUACGUGCAGAGGGGGCUGGGGAGAGAAGAUUUAUCACUCUUUCUCUGGUCGGAUUCAACAACAGCACUUACUUGGAUCAAUGGACACCCAUCAAGAUGGAAGGACUUCAUCCAAAAUCGAGUUAUUAAAAUUCAAAACUCCUUACCAUCAGCAGCAUGGAGACACAUCAGUGGGAAAGACAAUCCAGCGGAUUGUGCAUCGAGAGGACUAUCUCCAAGUCAACUGGUAGAUCAUCAGCUCUGGUGGAAUGGUCCACCAUGGCUCAAGUCACCACAGGAGGAGUGGCCAUCUUCAUCAACGGUAAUGGAAUCGACGACGGAAGCAGCAUUGGAGGAAAGACCAGUGCUGGCUCAUCCUGUAGCACACGUGCAACAACCUCAGGACUUGUUGGAGAGGUAUUCUACAUUUAACAAGGUUCUGAGAGUAUCAGCAAGGGUCAUGAGAGCGAUCAAGCUCAUGAGACAUCAAGAGGUACCAGAUUCUCCAGUUUUACUACUGGAUGAUGUCAGAAUCUAUUGGAUCAAACUCACUCAAAACGAACAUUUUGAAGCACUCAUCAAUCUACUCAAGAAUGGAAGAGAGAUCUGGCACAAUCAUCCCCUGGAAAAGCUAACACCAUGGUUAGACGAAGAUCAGAUGCUUCGUCUUGGCGGGCGGCUCAGGCGCACACAUCUGGAGCCAGAUGCUAUGACACCCGCUAUCAUCUCAAGACAAUCAAGACUCACAUCACUGGUCAUUGAGGAAGCUCAUCGGAAAACUCUCCAUGGAGGAGUUCAGUUAACAUUGGCAUACAUCAGGCAAAGGGACUGGAUUGUGGAAGGAAGACAACCAGUCAAAUCUCACAUCUUGAAGUGCAUCAUCUGUGCAAGGCAUCGAGCAAUCAGGGCGCAACAGCUGAUGGGACAGCUGCCGCCAAGGAGAAUCACACCUGCGAGACCAUUUCUACACACUGGAGUGGACUUCGCUGGGCCUGUCAAACUUCUCAGGUGGAGAGGUUCAGGUGCCAAACAAUAUCAGGGCUAUAUCGCAGUAUUCGUGUGUCUCGUCACAUCGGCGAUUCACCUCGAACCUGUGACAGAUCUAACCAAGGAGGCAUUCAUCGAGACUUUCAAAAGGUUUACUGGGAGAAGAGGCAUCUGUGCCACCCUCAGCUGUGACAAUGCGCUGACGUUUGUAGGAGCGGAAAAGGAACUAGGCAGACUCUUCAAUCGAGCAUCAGCGGAACUUCAUCACGUCGCCAACGUUUUAGCAUCAGAUGGUACGAAAUGGACAUUCAUCCCUCCUGCUUCACCACACUAUGGAGGAAAGUGGGAGGCAGCAGUGAAAUCUCUCAAACAUCACCUCAAACGCAUCACGAACAACCUGGCGCUCACCUUUGAGGAACUCAUUACGGUAUUAAUUCAAAUCGAGGCACAAUUAAAUUCAAGACGUCUCUGUCCUCUAUCAGAUGAUCCAGAGGACUGCAGAGCACUCACACCAGGACAUUUCAUCAUCGGAGACGCAAUCAACGCUGUUUCAGAGCCCUCACUACUGGGUGAGAGACUGGACGGUCAUCAGAGGUGGAAAAUCUUCACGCAAUGGGUUCAGGAUUUCUGGGACAGGUGGUACAGGGAAUGUAUCCACAGGUUUCAGACAACAUCAAAAUGGAGACAUCAAACGGAAGGUAUCAAGGUGGGGGAUCUCGUGCUCAUGGUCAAUGAGAGAUUUCCUCCAACGAAGUGGCCAAUGGGACGAGUCACUCGAAUCCAUCCUAGCACAGACGGGCUACCACGGGUGGUAGACUUCAUCACGAGAGGUGGACCAACACCAUCAACAUUCACCAGGCACAUCAACAGGUUGGUUCCACUGCACAGUCGACACAGACGCAGAAGUAGAGGUUGA